GGCUCCCCGACUCUGACUCCGUGCUGUGCCGCUGGACCGUCGGAUCGUUGAUGACUGGACGGCUUUAUGACUCAGACCAAGGACGCCCUCUAACCUAGCCUGUUUGCCUAUUUGUUUAUCGGACAUCUUUGGUUCGUGGGUCAUUGUUCGAACCAGCCUCUCGCGUCGCUCCUGCCUCGAUUCUGGCUAUAUCCUUUAUAUCCUCCUCCGAAAGCCCCCACAUACUGGGGCUGUCACCUCUUCAGACGUCUCUACGUUCUAACAGCCGUAUAACCUACCUAUUCACGACUGGUUGCCGAUCAACGACCGAUCAUCGAUCAUGUCUGACUCUCUACUUGAUCUCCGCCGAGCUGGCGCCGAAGCCAAACGGGUCCACGACCACAAGGCCAAGUGGGCGUACGGGAGCCGAAGUGCUCGCAGUCACCAUGACCCUGUUUGCGCCCUCCCCUUGACUCGUCCUGCCAUGCCAGUCUCCCAUAACAUGAACUUGACCCGCGCCAUGCGCUUCGACCGGAAGAGCAAGACCAACCAGCAGGUCAGCGACGCCAAGAUCGCCCUGCGCGCCGACGUCCGCGAGGCCCUCGACAACGGUCCAUCGGAUUCGUCCAGUGAGGACGUCGACGACCCUGCCGCGGCAGAGAAGAUCAUCGACGAGUCCGACGCGAAGGAGGACACCCCGACCGACUACGACGUGUCGGGACAGACCAUACUCUCCGUCGCCGUGAGCAAGGCGGUCGAGAAGUUCGAGAUCAAGGAGACGGAGCGGAUCGUCAAGGAGUACGAGAUCAUCACGCCCGAGAGCGAGAUGGCCAUCGGCUACUUGGCUGAUGAUGACUUUGAGCUGGUGGAUCACGUCCAGCUAUGACAUGUCUUUGGUGUGAGUGGGCGUUUCUUCGCGGCCAUGGGUAUGGAGUUGGGUAUAUAUGGUUUGCACCAGUUCAUUCUGAGCUUCUGAGCCUUGCUUUUGAUGAGCUUCGUUGGCUUCGAUGGCUUCAAUGAGCUUCUUGUUGUAUAUCACUUCGCGU